AUGAUCUUUGGUACGGCGCAGAAGUUAUCUGAUCUCCGUAAUGUUCAGGUAUCAGCAAUUCGGGUCAACGAUGAAUCGGUUGAAUACUGUAAUUCAGUGAAGUACUUGGGUGUGCUACUUGAUGAUAACCUGAACUGGUCACCACAAGUUGCCGAAAUAUGCAAGAAGAGUAUGAGGACUCUGGCACAGCUGAAAAUGCAUAGUAAUGUAUUUGAUUUGCCAAAUAACAAUAACAAUAACAAUAACAAUAACAAUAACAAUAACAAUAACAAUAACAAUAACAAUAACAAUAACAAUAACAAUAACAAUAACAAUAACAAUAACAAUAACAAUAACAAUAACAAUAACAAUAACAAUAACAAUAACAAUAACAAUAACAAUAACAAUAACAAUAACAAUAACAAUAACAAUAACAAUAACAAUAACAAUAACAAUAACAAUAACAAUAACAAUAACAAUAACAAUAACAAUAACAAUAACAAUAACAAUAACAAUAACAAUAACAAUAACAAUAACAAUAACAAUAACAAUAACAAUAACAAUAAUAAUAAUAAUAAUAAUAAUAAUAAUAAUAAUAAUAAUAAUAAUAAUAAUAAUAAUAAUAAUAAUAAUAAUAAUAAUAAUAAUAAUAAUAAUAAUAAUAAUAAUAAUAAUAAUAAUAAUAAUAAUAAUAAUAAUAAUAAUAAUAAUAAUAAUAAUAAUAAUAAUAAUAAUAAUAAUAAUAAUAAUAAUAAUAAUAAUAAUAAUAAUAAUAAUAAUAAUAAUAAUAAUAAUAAUAAUAAUAAUAAUAAUAAUAAUAAUAAUAAUAAUAAUAAUAAUAAUAAUAACAAUAACAAUAACAAUAACAAUAACAAUAACAAUAACAAUAACAAUAACAAUAACAAUAACAAUAACAAUAACAAUAACAAUAACAAUAACAAUAACAAUAACAAUAACAAUAACAAUAACAAUAACAAUAACAAUAACAAUAACAAUAACAAUAACAAUAACAAUAACAAUAACAAUAACAAUAACAAUAACAAUAACAAUAACAAUAACAAUAACAAUAACAAUAACAAUAACAAUAACAAUAAUAAUAAUAAUAAUAAUAAUAAUAAUAAUAAUAAUAAUAAUAAUAAUAAUAAUAAUAAUAAUAAUAAUAAUAAUAAUAAUAAUAAUAAUAAUAAUAAUAAUAAUAAUAAUAAUAAUAAUAAUAAUAAUAAUAAUAAUAAUAAUAAUAAUAAUAAUAAUAAUAAUAAUAAUAAUAAUAAUAAUAAUAAUAAUAAUAAUAAUAAUAAUAAUAAUAAUAAUAAUAAUAAUAAUAAUAAUAAUAAUAAUAAUAAUAAUAAUAAUAAUAAUAAUAAUAAUAAUAAUAAUAAUAAUAAUAAUAAUAAUAAUAAUAAUAAUAAUAAUAAUAAUAAUAAUAAUAAUAAUAAUAAUAAUAAUAAUCAUAAUAAUAAUAAUAAUAAUAAUAAUAAUAAUAAUAAUAAUAAUAAUAAUAAUAAUAAUAAUAAUAAUAAUAAUAAUAAUAAUAAUAAUCAUAAUAAUAAUAAUAAUAAUAAUAAUAAUAAUAAUAAUAAUAAUAAUAAUCAUAAUAAUAAUAAUAAUAAUAAUAAUAAUAAUAAUAAUAAUAAUAAUAAUAAUAAUAAUAAUAAUAAUAAUAAUAAUAAUAAUAAUAAUAAUAAUCAUAAUAAUAAUAAUAAUAAUAAUAAUAAUAAUAAUAAUAAUAAUAAUAAUAAUAAUAAUAAUAAUAAUAAUAAUCAUAAUAAUAAUAAUAAUAAUAAUAAUAAUAAUCAUAAUAAUAAUAAUAAUAAUAAUAAUAAUAAUAAUAAUAAUAAUAAUAAUAAUAAUAAUAAUAAUAAUAAUCAUAAUAAUAAUAAUAAUAAUAAUAAUAAUAAUCAUAAUAAUAAUAAUAAUAAUAAUAAUAAUAAUAACAAUAAUAAUAAUAAUAAUAAUAAUAAUAAUAAUAAUAAUAAUCAUAAUAAUAAUAAUAAUAAUAAUAAUUAUAAUAAUAAUAAUAAUAAUAAUAAUAAUAAUAAUAAUAAUAAUAAUAAUAAUAAUAAUAAUAAUAAUAAUAAUAAUAAUCAUAAUAAUAAUAAUAAUAAUAAUAAUAAUAAUAAUAAUCAUAAUAAUAAUCAUAAUAAUAAUAAUAAUAAUAAUAAUUAUAAUAAUAAUAAUAAUUAUAAUAAUAAUAAUAAUAAUAAUAAUAAUAAUAAUAAUAAUAAUAAUAAUAAUAAUAAUAAUAAUUAUAAUAAUAAUAAUAAUAAUAAUAAUAAU